AUGACGCAUGCGCCCAUUCGUCAGCGUGUAGACGCCGCCAUCAGUCUCGCUCACUCGAAGCUGGCUUGUGCUGAUGCCAGAGCUGACUAUGAGACCCGAGAACGUCUGUUAGCAGACCCGCUGGUGAUCACUCUGCCGUCGGAUGCUGCGAGAGCUGGGAUAGCCAUGGGUAAUUUGAACGGUGCCCUGGAACUCCUGGAAGCUGGCCUGUCAAUGUUGUGGACUCAAAUAUUCCAAUUCCGUACGCCUAUGUCUGACCUGAUGGAGGCGGAUGCGGCGCUGGCAUCCGAUCUUCGGGGACGGCUCGAGCAUUGGAACGGGUCAAUAACAUCCCUUCUGACCAACUUCAACGACCUCAUCUUCGACGAUAUCUCGCGACCCGCUUGGAAAAUUUGA